AUGUCUGUCGCUCCUCCGAAACCCAACGCUGCCGGCGGUGGCUCCAUGGCAAACCCCAACAUGGCCGCUGCAGCGAGCAUCAUGCAAGGCGGCGUCAACAACCUCUCAAACCUGUCCACCAGCUAUCUUGAUCGUUUCUUCCCGCCUCGGCAGCGCCAGCAGUGGAAAGAUGCGCUGUUGAAGUUCGCCACCGAACGACCGUACUCUGCCAGCUUCCUGUUCAGUCAAACCGCCAUCAGCGGCCUCCCGCUCCUCCUCUUCGGGCUGAUGACCGUGACCGUCUUCGUCUUCUCCCUGCUGGCUGGUGUCCUUGUGGUUCUGCUAGGGGCAUUGUUGUUUGUGACUGCUGCGGCGGGAUUUUCCUUGAUCAUCCUAUUGCCGACCUUGUUCUUCACCACCGGAGUGGGUGUGUUUGUCUGGCUUUGCGGGAUCGGAUUGUACUUUGUCUUCAAAUGGGUCAAUGACAAAGACGCGUCGGGUCCUCGUGCCGGUACAACGGCUGUGCCCGUGCGACCUACUGCCGCCGGAAAUACGCAGGGCGUCAAUGGCAAUUCCGCUGGUGGACCACCUAGACCGAACGGGCCCAACAAUUCCCAGGGUGCUAAUGGCAAUCCAGCUGGCGGAGCCCCGAGACCGAGCGGUCCUCCCAAUCCUCAAGGUGCCAGCAAUCCAGGUAGCGGUCCUCCGAGACCGAGUGGUCCUCCCAAUCCUCAAGGUGCCAACGGCAAUCCAGCUAGCGGUCCUCCGAGACCGAGUGGUCCUCCCAAUCCUCAAGGCAUGAAUGGAAACCCGGCCGGUGGCGCACCCAGACCCAAUGCCCCGAACAAUCCUCAAGGAGUCAAUGGAAAUCCACAGGGCGGCCCAAGACCUGGCCCGAACCAGAACCCGAAUCCAAAUUUGCAACAGAAGCCACCGAGUAAUGCACCACAGCCUCAACCUCAGCCAAAUGGAGCGGCACCCAUGAACAACGCCAAUAACCCUAACGGCGUCAACAACCCUAACAACCCUAACAAUACACCUCCGCCCAGUAACGCCAACAACACCCUCAACCCGGGCAACGCGAACGGCAUGGGCAUGCCCAACUCUCCUCCCCAGAGAAAGCCCGUCGCCAGCAGACCCGCCUCAGUAAGCCCGGGCCCGAGAAUGCCGCCACCGGAGGGGACGCCGCAAGGGACCUCUGCCCCUGCCCCUGCCCCUAGCCCCUCGCCCGCCCCCGUUCCGUUGCCCGUCGCCGUGGCAAAUGCAAUGGCCGAACCAGUUGAAGGGUAG